UGGACCGAGCACCAGACAAACGGCUUUCCCUUUGCCGUGGCCACCAUGUUCAAGCGCUUCUCUGUGGACGAGCAUGUGUCCAACAUCAGCAAGGUGAAGACGUCCGUGCAACGAAAGAUCUGUCAGCGCAUUUGUGAACAAUAUCCACUCUUGGAUGAGAACGAUGGCGAGUUGAUGGAAAUGUUGCUGCCCAAGAAGUCGCCGCUCCUGGUUGCCAAGUGCUCGGGAACGGAGCACCUUCAACUCGUGUGCGCAGAAGAUGGGACUCCCCUCUUUUUCAACAUGCGAGAUGGCCCUUUCUUGCCAACGCUAAAGUUGUUGCACAAAUUGCCGUCAAUGAUGAAGGUGAUUCGCGCCGACAAAGGUGCCAUUCCGUACGUGUUGUCCGGAGCAAACAUCAUGGCUCCAGGGUUGACGUCCAAGGGUGGGGAUCUUCCCGAGGAAAUUGAAGCAGGCGAACCCGUGGCAAUCAUGGCGGAAGGAAAGGAACUCGCGAUGGCUGUGGGCAUCAUGCAAAUGUCGACUGCCAACAUCAAAAGCAUCAACAAAGGCAUUGCCGUUGAGCUCGGGCACUUUCUCGGCGACGACUUGUGGCUGCUGCACAAGAUUGAAUAAGUUGCACGAUAUGAGGUGUCAUUUAGUUGUUACAGUUAUACUUCCUUGAAGAACGACGACUCGCUUUGCAGCGUCAGGCCGUCCAAGAAUCCGAGACUGAUGUUGGGCAAACUCUCCGAGCGCGGGCGGCCAGAGUUCUGCCCCUGCAGUCCUUCGCCAUCUUCGGCGAUGGUUGUUGCAGCUCCACUUCCUGCCCGUCGAUUCCAGUCAAAGUUGCGAGUGUCCACAGCUCGAACAGGCUGCACUUCAAUGCCACCGCCCAUGAGGGAGUGUUCGACAGCCAUGCGUGGCGGAGCGGAAGGAGGUGGUCCCAAAUCUUGGCCUUCGUUGCCGAGAAGGGAGUUUUGGGGAAGAAGGGAUUGUGGACCGGGCGGUGGAGGGCCCAAUGAUGUGGAGAGGAAGGCAGCAGCAUUCUGUUGUUGUUGCUGCAACAUGUGCGUCUGGAAGUUCAUCUGGUUCAUGACGUGAUUCGGCAUGUAAGUAGUAGCGGGUAUUGUGGCCAUCCCGGAAGGAAAUUGUUGUGGCAUAAAGGUGGGCAUCGGAUUGAACUGCAUGGGGAACUGCAGCCCUCCAGCAAGGUUUGACGACGCAGUCAUGGGGUUUGGAAGUCGGCUGCCACCUUGCCGAGGAGUAGAUCGCUGUAUCUUGAUUCGAAAACUGCCGGGUUCUGCGCGUGCCGUGAGCGUGCCGUUGUUGUUGGUACUUGUGCCAUUCGCCGAGUUCUCGGCGGAAAGGAGGGGCUGCGGCGGCAAUAACUGCGGGUCAUCCGAAGCUUUCCGUUUCCGGGAGCUUCCGAGGAAAUCCAGGCUGAUGGCGUCUGAUCCAAGGAGUGAAGGCGACAACGGAAGGGUCCCGACCGGAGCGGCCUCCGUGGCGGUGUCCAUGUUUCUCCCUGCCUCCCGAACUGAAGUUUA